AUUCAGAUAACGAGUGGAAAACAUGGAAAACUCACCAGUGAGUGAGUGACAGCAGUGUGGAACGGACGGCAGAGCUGAAGUGAUUACGCUGAAGAGAGAAAUAAAAAGAAAAGAGCUGUUUGUGGGAAGAAAAGUUGAUCGUUUUUCCUUAUCAUUCUUUUUAUGCGUUUAGUGUGACUGGCAGGAAGUUUUUCGCAACCGCCGUGGCGUCGUCGUAAAAGUCGUUAAACUUUCGGUGCCAUCACGUAGUGCUCAGCUUUUUAGUGUCUGGAAAAAAAGGAGGAACGAAUCCGUGCCAGGCGCAAGCAACCGUCGGAGUUUAGUGUGUUGUGUGCUCUUUGUGUACGCAGUUUCCGGAAAUUCCUGUUCGUGAAACUCGAAAAAUCCUCCCACUAACUCCGCGCCAGAGCGAUGAGACUAGUGUCUGACUUCUACAACGAGAGUAUCGAACCAUCACUAGGAGGAAUCACAAAGCCACUAACACACCCGCAGUCCUACGUUGCCGUGGAUAGUCUGACACCCUGGGGCACCCGAGAUUGUAGCAGCAACCGCCCCCGACCAGCCGACUACAGUCAGUUCCAGUUUGUGGACGGUCCCCGGUACGAGUCGAGUCCGUUCGCGUGUGAUGAUCAGAUCAACCAGCGGUUUGUAAUUUGGGAAGGUGACAUUUCGCUGCUGGCAGUCGAUGCAAUUACCAAUACCACCGAUGAAACGCUGACCGAGAAGAAUCGCAUUUCGAAGAAGAUUUUCGGCCGUGCUGGUGCUGCCCUAACAUCCGCCGUGGUGCAUGACGUUGGAAGAUGCAAAACCGGUGAAGUUUGCGUAACACCGGGAUUUUUUCUGCCUGCGAAGCACAUCAUCCACACCGUUGGACCCAUCUACAGUGAGAAAUAUCGGACCGCGUCCGAGAGCACCUUGCAUUCUUGUUAUCGAAACGUUUUGUACAAAGCGAAAGAGCUAGGCUUAAGGACCGUUGCUUUAUGUGAUAUUAGCUCAGUGCAGAGAAACUUCCCACCAGACACUGCUGCACACAUAGCCCUAAGAACCAUCCGUCGUUUCCUGGAGCAAUACCGUGCCGAGAUUGUGAUAGUUUGCCUUGACCCGAAUGAGCGCGGCAUCUACGAGGUACUAGCGCCGCUCUACUUUCCCCGCGACCUGCUCGAGGAACGAAGUGCCCUGUGGCAGCUGCCGAAGGACGUCGGCGGCACGUAUGGUGAACCGCAGCUAGCCGAUCGCCAGAUCCGCAUCAUUCGCAAUCCGCAGCAUUCCGUCAUGAUCGAAGCUGACGACGAUUCCGACAUCAGUCCACACGAUUUGGAGAUGGGUUCCGAUGUCGAGUACAACAACAUCAAUCUAAGCCUGUCCGCCCAAAUGGGCGGUGGGCAGCACUCGUUUACGCAUAUGCAGGGUGAUCUCGACCGUGAGCGACUUCUAGGCGAUCGUCCUCGGAUGGUGUACGAAAGCGUGCUGGACGAUGGCUUGGAAGGAAUAGAACACCAAGAAAGUUCACCAUUACUGGUGGAUUGCGAAACCACCGAAACGUACUGCCCGGACGCGAUCGGUCAUGUCCUGGCGACGCACAUCGGCAAGCGGACCCGCAUCCUGGACGGGUCCUUUACCUACGUCGAGCUGAUGAAGCACUACAGCUCCUCGCUCGACGAUCCGGACUGGCACAAGGAGAACCUAUACGAACGAUUGCUGCGUCGAGCGAAAUCGGAGGACCUGACGGAAGUGUCCGGCAUCGGUUGCCUGUACCAGAGUGGUGUCGAUCGGCUUGGCCGACCAGUGGUGGUCUUCUGCGGCAAAUGGUUCCCCGCUCAUAAUAUCGACUUGGAAAAGGCCCUGCUCUAUCUGAUAUACCUGCUGGAUCCGAUUGUGAAGGGUGAUUACGUGAUUUCCUAUUUCCACACCCUGACCAGCUCGAACAAUUACCCGUCGCUGCAGUGGCUGAAGGAUGUCUACAGCAUACUGCCGUACAAAUACAAGAAAAACCUGAAAGCAUUCUACAUCGUCCAUCCGACGUUCUGGACGAAAAUGAUGACCUGGUGGUUCACAACGUUCAUGGCCCCGGCCAUCAAAGCGAAAGUUCACUCAUUACCGGGUGUUGAGCACUUAUACUCCGCCAUCGCCAAGGAUCAGCUGGAAAUACCCGCCUACAUCACCGAGUACGAUAUGGCGACGAACGGCAUUCACUACUUCCAGCCUGUGACCAAUGCUUCAUCACCAGCGUCCUAAGAACUCAACGUAGCCAACCCGGGACGAGCAAAUUGAGGACGUUAAUACUGGAAAGCUCCUCACUCGGAUCCUCGAAUUUCCUUGAUUCUUUAAGCAAAUUUGUUUCCAAACCGGAGACAAAACAAACAUCGAUCAAUCUUAUCUCGUCGUAGUUGUAAUACAUUUUUUCACUCGUUCCCCCCACUUUGUAUCGAAUCACUACAAAUCAACAUUUCGACUUUCAUUCCCAUUGUUUCCCGUCGCAAGGGACGGAUAUUUGCAUCAUCUAGAGUGUAGUUCAAUCAACCAAAAAUAAACAACUGUUCUAAACGAAACAAGAUGAAACCUAUUUGCUUCCUUUCCACCGUUGAAAAAAAACUGUUAAUAAAAAGUAAAUACGACAAACAAAUGUCGAUAUAUUUAAAGCGAGAUGGAGAGGUGAAGAAGAUACAACAAAUCUGUAGCUAACAAAAUAAUGAGAAAUAUUAUUCUUAAUGCUUUACCGAGACUAUGGUUAAAGAAUAUAUACAAACAUUCAACAAAACAAGUACUAGUUGCUAGGAAAAAAUGAUUGAAAAGGCAGAAUAAAACAAAACAACUUUGUUGUAGGAUUGCUAGAAUAACAACAUCAAUCAAGCAACACAGGAAUAAGGA